GUGUGUCUGAGGCGGUGACCUGUUGCAAAGCCUGUUAGAUGUCCUGCAAAGGUAAUUGAAUAUUCCUGGCAACUCUAUUCCCCGAACACGGGUUUAAUUGGAAACAGACACACAACUGCGAGCGAAACGAGUGUGUGUUGUCCCUGAUUUAGUCCGGAUAGAAUAAGACUGUCAGACUGACUCUAGGCAUCUUUAAUGGCGCUCAGUGGAUUUAAUCUUUAUCGCGGAGACACCCGGAUGUUGCGAAGAGGCUUCAGCAUCAGCACCAUCAUCAUCAUCAUCAUCAUGAUUAUCAUCAACAGCGGUCUAAACAUGAUAGAUAAAAUGUGAUAAUCUCGCGAACUGGACUAUAGCAAACAAUCAAACAGGGUUUCAAUGUGGAGGAGGGGAUGGACGAGUCAGAGGAACCGACGGAAGGAGGGGCCAACUAUGCCAGUGGCACCAGAGUCCCGGCCCCCAGUGAAGCUCCUCCCACCUGGACCGAAGAGCUGUCAGUCACCAGCGGGCAGUCCUCGGCCCAGACCGCCGCUCUCUCCUGGCAGGCCGCGAUCCGCGCCGCGAGACAGUCUCAGGACGUCCCGAAGACCCUGAACCCCUCGGCUCCUGCGAGCGUGGGGCCCGUCAGCUCUCUGGCCCAGAGGAAACGCCAGCAAUACGCCAAGAGCAAGAAACAGGGAAGCAGCUCUAACAGCAGACCUCCCAGAGCUCUCUUCUGCCUGACUCUCAAUAACCCUGUGCGCAGAGCGUGCAUUAGCCUAGUGGAGUGGAAACCUUUUGAUAUCUUUAUACUGCUGUCAAUUUUUGCCAACUGUGUGGCCUUAGCCGUUUACAUCCCCUUUCCUGAAGACGAUUCCAACUCAACUAAUCAUGAUUUGGAGACGGUAGAAUAUGCCUUCCUGAUCAUUUUCACGAUUGAAACGUUCCUCAAGAUCAUCGCGUAUGGACUGGUGAUGCACCAGAACUCCUACGUCCGAAACGGCUGGAAUAUGCUGGAUUUUGUCAUCGUCAUCGUCGGUCUCUUCAGUGUUGUGCUGGAGCUGAUAACCAAAGAUCGAGAUGUCAGCGGACAGACGGGUGGAAAGCCAGGCGGGUUCGAUGUCAAGGCUUUACGAGCGUUCAGAGUUCUGCGGCCCCUCCGUCUGGUCUCAGGAGUGCCAAGCUUACAGGUGGUGCUGAACUCCAUAAUUAAAGCCAUGGUUCCUCUGCUUCACAUCGCUCUGCUCGUACUCUUCGUCAUCAUCAUCUACGCCAUCAUCGGUCUGGAGCUGUUCAUUGGGAAGAUGCACUCAACCUGCUAUAUAAACGGCACGCGUACAUUAGCAGAAGAGGAUUCUGCUCCCUGUUCUCUUUCAGGUCAUGGGCGUCACUGCACCGUCAAUGGCACCGUGUGUCGGGACGGCUGGCACGGGCCCAACAACGGCAUCACCAACUUUGAUAACUUCUUGUUUGCCAUGUUGACUGUGUUCCAGUGCAUCACCAUGGAGGGCUGGACCGACGUGCUGUACUGGAUGAAUGACGCCAUGGGUUUUGAGUUGCCUUGGGUCUAUUUUGUCAGUCUGGUCAUUUUCGGCUCCUUCUUUGUCCUUAAUCUAGUACUGGGAGUUCUCAGUGGCGAGUUCUCCAAGGAGCGCGAGAAGGCCAAGGCUCGUGGAGAUUUCCAGAAACUGCGUGAGAAACAGCAGCUUGAAGAGGAUCUGAAGGGAUAUCUGGAUUGGAUCACACAAGCUGAGGACAUCGACCCUGAUAAUGAUGAAGAGGGAGAUCAGGAGGCCAAACGCAGCCGGGUGACGCUGGGCGAUCUGUCCCACGGGAAGAGCUCGGGAAACUCGGGCUGGUUCAGUCAGUCCACUGAGACUCAGGCAAGUGUGCCCAUAAGCGAGAACGAAUCUGUGAACACGGAGAACCCAGAAGAGAAUGAGAAGAUCUUCUGCUGUGGACGCGUCUGUCAGAAAUUGUCAAAGUCGAAGUUCAGCCGCUGGCGAUGCUGGAACCGCUUCUGUCGCAGGAAGUGCAGAGCUGUGGUGAAGUCCACCAUCUUCUAUUGGCUGGUGAUCCUGCUGGUGUUCCUCAACACACUCACGAUAUCAUCCGAGCAUUAUAACCAGGCCGACUGGCUCACAGAGGUCCAGGAUGUGGCUAAUAAGGUGUUGUUGGCCCUGUUCACGUGUGAGAUGCUGAUAAAGAUGUACAGUCUGGGGCUUCAGGCGUACUUCGUGUCGCUCUUCAACCGCUUCGACUGCUUCGUGGUUUGCGGAGGCAUCGUGGAGACGAUCCUCGUGGAGUUCGAGAUCAUGUCUCCGCUCGGCAUCUCUGUGUUUCGCUGCGUUCGGCUCCUCAGGAUCUUUAAAGUCACAAGGCACUGGGCGUCUCUGAGUAAUCUGGUGGCUUCUCUGUUGAACUCCAUGAAGUCGAUCGCGUCUCUGCUGCUGUUGCUCUUCCUCUUCAUCAUCAUCUUCAGUUUGCUCGGCAUGCAGCUCUUCGGCGGGAAGUUCAACUUCGACGAGACCGUUACUAAACGAAGCACUUUUGACAACUUCCCUCAAGCCCUGCUGACUGUGUUUCAGAUCCUGACGGGUGAGGACUGGAAUACAGUGAUGUAUGAUGGGAUCAUGGCGUAUGGAGGACCCUCUUCCUCAGGCAUGCUCGUGUGCAUCUACUUCAUCAUCCUCUUCAUCUGUGGGAACUACAUCUUACUGAACGUGUUCUUGGCCAUCGCUGUGGAUAACCUGGCCGACGCUGAGAGCCUGAACUCGGCCCAGAAAGAGGAGGAGAAGAGGAACAAGAGGAGGAAGAGCAGGAGUAUGAGCAUAUUCAAGAGAGACGCUGACGAGGGAAACAUUAAGGCGUCUGUCGAUCAGGAGGCCGAUCAGGAUCAGGCCGAGGAAAUGACUGACUCUUGUGAGGAGGAUGAGGAGCGAGAGCCCGUGGUGCCGUCGGGGCCGAGGCCUCAGAGACUGUCAGAGCUGAGUGUCAGAGAAAAGACUCCACCGAUCCCAGAGGGAAGCGCCUUCUUCAUCUUGAGCAACUCAAACCCGAUCCGUGUGGCGUGCCAUCGGCUCAUCAAUCAUCAGAUCUUCACCAACCUCAUCCUCAUCUUCAUCAUGCUGAGCUCGGUCUCGCUGGCCGCCGAGGACCCCAUCCGAAACUUCUCCGCCCGAAACAUCGUUCUGGGUUAUUUAGACUACGCCUUCACCGCUAUCUUUACAGUGGAGAUCUUGCUGAAGAUGACUGCGUUCGGCGCUUUCCUUCAUAAAGGAGCGUUCUGCAGGAACUACUUUAAUCUGCUGGAUCUGCUGGUGGUCGGAGUGUCUCUCCUGUCCUUCGGGAUACAGUCGUCGGCCAUUUCAGUGGUGAAGAUCUUGAGGAUUCUGCGUGUGCUUCGCCCGCUGAGAGCAAUCAACAGAGCCAAAGGACUCAAACACGUGGUUCAGUGUGUGUUUGUGGCCAUACGGACGAUCGGGAACAUCAUGAUCGUCACCACACUUCUUCAGUUCAUGUUCGCCUGCAUCGGUGUGCAGUUGUUCAAGGGGAAGUUCUACCGCUGUAGUGAUGAAGCAAAGUCAAGUCCAGAGGAAUGCAGAGGGACAUAUAUCGUGUACAGUAUUGGUGAGACGGCUCUGCCACAAACGCGUGAGAGGAUCUGGUUCAACAGCGACUUCAACUUUGAUAAUGUGCUGAUGGCGAUGAUGGCUCUCUUCACCGUCUCAACGUUUGAAGGCUGGCCAGCCCUGCUGUACAAGGCCAUCGACUCCAGCAAGGAAAACAUGGGCCCGAUCUACAACUACCGUGUGGAGAUCUCCAUCUUCUUCAUCAUCUACAUCAUCAUCAUCGCCUUCUUCAUGAUGAACAUCUUUGUGGGUUUCGUCAUCGUCACGUUUCAGGAGCAGGGCGAGAAAGAAUACAAGAACUGUGAGCUGGACAAGAACCAGCGGCAGUGUGUGGAGUACGCUCUGAAAGCCCGUCCGCUGAGGAGAUACAUCCCCAAAAACCCCUACCAGUAUAAGUUCUGGUAUGUGGUGAACUCCACAGGCUUCGAGUACGUCAUGUUCGUGCUCAUCGUCCUCAACACGCUGUGUCUGGCGGUUCAGCAUCAUGGCCAAUCACAGCUUUUCAAUUAUGGGAUGGACAUUUUGAACAUGGUGUUCACGGGGGUCUUCGCAGUCGAAAUGAUCCUCAAACUGGUAGCCUUCCAGCCGAAGGGUUAUUGUGUGGACCCCUGGAAUGGGUUUGAUGCACUGGUGGUGAUUGGGAGCGUAGUAGACAUCGUUCUGAGUCAGCACUAUUUUGCCGAUGCAUGGAACACGUUUGAUGCCUUAAUUGUUGUUGGUAGCAUCGUUGACAUUGCGAUCACUGAGGUCAAUAACACGGAGGACAGCGCGAGGAUUUCCAUCACCUUCUUCCGUCUGUUUCGUGUCAUGCGCUUAGUGAAGUUGUUGAGCAGAGGAGAAGGCAUUCGCACGCUCUUGUGGACCUUCAUCAAGUCAUUUCAGGCUCUUCCGUACGUGGCUCUGCUCAUCGCCAUGCUGUUCUUCAUCUACGCUGUCAUUGGGAUGCAGGUGUUCGGGAAGGUCGCUAUGGUGGAUGGAACCAGCAUUAAUCGUAACAAUAAUUUCCAGACCUUUCCACAAGCUGUGCUCCUGCUGUUCAGGUGUGCGACGGGCGAAGCGUGGCAGCAGAUCAUGUUGGCGUGUUUGCCUGGGAAACUGUGUGACUCGGAGUCCGACUAUAACCCUGGAGAGGAGAAGACCUGCGGCAGCUCCUUCGCCAUCCUCUACUUCAUCAGCUUCUACAUGCUCUGUGCUUUUCUGAUCAUUAAUUUGUUUGUCGCUGUCAUCAUGGACAACUUUGACUACCUGACGCGUGAUUGGUCGAUUCUUGGACCGCAUCAUUUAGACGAAUUCAAGAGGAUCUGGUCGGAAUAUGAUCCCGAGGCCAAGGGCCGUAUCAAACAUUUAGAUGUGGUGACGCUGCUGCGCAGGAUUCAGCCGCCGCUGGGCUUUGGCAAACUGUGUCCUCAUAGAGUGGCUUGCAAGAGGCUGGUUGCCAUGAAUAUGCCCCUGAACAGUGACGGGACGGUCAUGUUCAACGCCACCCUGUUCGCUCUGGUCCGAACUGCGCUGAAGAUCAAGACUGAAGGUAAAGCUUUGGUGACGGAGACUUCCACACGUCUGUGCUGGUGUGAGUCUUCCUCACAAGUGUGUGUGUGUGUGUGUGUGUGUGUGUGUGUGUGUCUCUCAGGCAAUCUGGAUCAAGCCAACGAGGAGUUACGAGCCGUCAUCAAGAAGAUCUGGAAGAAAACAAGCAUGAAACUGCUGGACCAAGUGGUGCCACCUGCUGGAGAUGAUGAGAUCACUGUUGGGAAGUUUUACGCCACUUUCCUGAUACAAGAUUACUUCAGGAAAUUCAGGAAGCGUAAAGAGCAAGGGCUUGUGGGAGGCCAGCCGCCGUUGAACUCCACAACCGCUCUACAGGCUGGUCUGCGCACGCUGCAUGAUAUCGGGCCUGAGAUCCGUCGAGCCAUAUCAUGUGAUCUCCAGGACGAAGGACUCGUGGACGUCAGGAACCUUCACGAGGAGGAAGAGAUAUACGGGAGGAAUGGAGCCGUGAUUGGGAGUCUGGUCAAUCAUGCGAGUGGAGAUCAGUACAGCACCAGCGUUACCCAGCGUCCUUUGCAGCUCCCGCUCCCUCUUUACUGCCAGUCAGACACCAGAUCAUCCAACUCUAAUAUCAACAGUGCCAGCGUGCCGGCGGGCCCCGUCUUCACCAACGGCUGGCACAGUCGGCCCUCCAGGGGCCUGGUGUCCUCUCUCAGCUCAUACCUCAACCUCAGGGGUGAUGGAGAAACACAGCUCAGGACCCACUCCAAAAGGCCUUGCUCUAGUGCUGUUGGGUAUCCCACUAUCCACGUGCAAAACCCCAGUCAUGCUGACAUCAGCGAUGAAGACAGAAACUCAGUCACAGAGUAUUACAGCGGAGACGAUCUUCACGAGGAGGACUUCAUGCUGGCUAGAGACAGGUCAUACAAAGACUUCCAGGACACUUUGAGUGACUGUGCUGCGGUUCGACAACUGGAUGUGUGUGAAUGUGUGUGUGACGAUGAUGAGCAGCUCAUAUCCCAGCAGUCUCAGAGGUCAUCAAAACGACAAUCCUCUCACAAGACCGCUUUCAAUUUCGAGUGUCUGCGCAAACAAGACAGUCAAGAUGAGAUUCCCCUGCAUCCCACAGGUCUACCGCCACAGCAUCAGGUGAAGACGGCGACCGGACAAGAAUCGAGUCGAGCGCGACUCUCUCCGACCCGCUCCAUCCGCUCGUGGGUCACGCCCCCGGCCACGCCCCCUCCCUACACGCCCCUGCCUCAGGCCACGCCCAGUGCCAGCAGCACUCCCGGAUUGGUUCACAGGGGCUUCUGGAAUUCCCAGCACGGCUCUGAUUGGUCCACGCGUCCCCCCACCCCCUCCCUCCUGAAGGUCCCCCCUCGGUUGAGUGGCCAUCACCUGCAGCAGCGCAGCAGCGCUCACAGCCUGGUGGAAGCGGUGAUGAUAUCGGGGGGAUUGGGCAAAUAUGCGAAGGAUCCUAAGUUUGUGACUGUGACGAAACACGAGAUUGCCGAUGCUUGUGAAAUGACAAUCGAUGAGAUGGAAAGUGCUGCUAGCAACUUACUGAGCGUCACGCUAGGCCACGGGCCGGAGCCAGAAGAGAUGGGCUUGUGUCAGAGCAAUGUUCGUGACUACAGCGAUGAGGAGACGGACACGAGCAGCAAACGUGAGGAGGACCUCACCGACGAAAUGUUCUACGUCUCAGUAGUAUAGUAAAGAACUCAGAAUGAGCCCGACAAAGCUAAAUCAUGUAGAAGAAAUGAAUCAAUGGGGUAAUUGUGCCUUUAAACGGGAGUGUCUGUUGGCUUAUGUGGACCGAUUGCUUUACGCUUAUGCAUUUGGAUCUCAUUUAGUUCGCAAACCUUGUCUUGGGAAAUUCCCGGCAAGAUCCAAAUGUGUUGACAUUACCGACCCAAGUGUUUUCCUCUGAAUCUAUGCACGGAGUGGACAGUGUCUCUUCAACCGUUGAAGAUCCCAACCAACUAACCAGCCAAAGUCCACCUGGUCAAAGCCACAGAACUGGACAUGGUCACCAUUUGAGUCAAGAAUUGUACUCACAUACUGUAUAUGAAGCGAUUACAAUGGUAAAGCUUCACAGCAAUACCUCCUGGUUGGAUCACUGAACUAUAGUCCAAAUCUUUCAAAUUAAAUUUCACAAAAAUGUAAGUCAUUAUUGACUGAAUGUCUCCUUUUUCCUAUGUGACGUCAAAUCUCCUUUAUAAGGAUCACACGUUUAAGUUUGAUCCUCUCAUGAAGAUAUCGUGUUACUUGGAAAACAAGGCACAAAUUGUUUGAACUUCACAGUGAUCUUCUCAUUUGUGUAUUCAGGUUUGAAACAAAGUGGGAAUAUAUUUUUUGGGUGAACAUAAAGUGAUAUUUAGGUUUUGAAAUACCGCAUGUUCUUUUCACUGAAUCGUCAGUGUUCAGUUUGAUGAUUUAUUAAAAAAAAAAAAAA